CUGUUACUGGAUCUAGACCUGAACAUCUGCAGCCACCCCAGAUCUUUUACUUAGUUAAAUCCAGGUGCAACUUUUUUUGGCCAGACAGAGUAUAUCCAGCAUUUCAACCUUAAUCUUUUAGGUUGGUCUCAGUGACUUAGAUCAGUGUAAAUCAGUCACUAGAGGGCGCUAAAGCUCCGUGUUUGGCUCUAAACCGAACACAACACUGUUAGCUAGGUUAGCUUAAGUACGUUCCGUUAACUCCCGGUCUCCUGGUUCGCGGGCUUUUUCUCACAGUUCAGUUUUGGAGACAGCUUCAGUAUGAACGCGCAGCUGCUCAGAAGCAGCACGGAAGAGGUGACGGUUGGUUGUAGCUCAGAUACCGGCACAAGCACCUCCACACCCCCUGUCCCCCGCUUUACCCGGGCUCCACUCCGGCGGCUGCAGGACUCCGGCCCCACGCCCUCACCUCUCUCCACCUCAUACGGCUCUGAUGGCGCCAGCACCGCUUCAUGCUCUGGGUCAACGCCCGCCGCGCGUCCUGCUCCCGCUACUACUACUGCUGCUGCUGCCGCCGCCAGAGUAACGUUACCGGUCUCACACCAAACACCGGCUGCGGCAGGUGUGAGAAGAUUAAGCUCCUCUGGUUCCCCAUGGCCAAUAAGUGGUGCCCACAGCUCCAGCAGUCUGACUGUGAGGACUCCUGGAUCAGCAGGGUGCACAAAUGCUGGACGACUACCUCAGAGGGAUCUUAGCAUGACAACAUCUUCAUCUGCCACUUUGUCUCAUUCCUCCUCUGUGAUUGUGGCUGUGGUGGAGGGCAGAGGUUUAGCCCGAGGAGAGAUUGGCCUGUCCAGCAUCAACAUGAAAUCCCCUGAGCUGGUUCUCUCUCAGUUUGCAGACACUGGGACAUAUGCAAAGGUUAUUACCAAACUCCAUAUAUUGAUGCCACUUGAGAUUCUAAUGCCCGACACUGCUAGUGAGAAAGGCCAGGGGACCAAGCUGUUCAAUCUCAUCACAGAAAAUGUUCCGUCGGUAUCUUUCACUGCCAUUCAGAGGAAGUACUUUAACGAGAGGAAAGGGCUAGAGUACAUCCAGCAGCUUUGUGCCCCUGAGUUCAGCACUGUUCUUAUGGAAGUACAAACCAAGUACUACUGCCUUGCAUCUGCAGCUGCCCUUCUUAAGUACGUUGAAUUUAUUCAGAACUCUGUCUAUGCACCCAAGUCUCUUAAAGUGAGCUUCACUGGCAGUGAGCAGACUACUAUGAUUGACUCUGUCUCAGCCAAGAACCUGGAGCUAGUGAUUAACAACAGGGACCAAAGGAGCGAUCACACUCUGUUUGGUGUCUUGAACCACACCAAAACCCCUGGAGGUGGUAGAAGGCUUCGCUCCAACAUUCUGGAACCUUUGCUAGAUGUUGACACCAUUAAUACGCGCCUUGACGCCAUACAGGAACUGUUGCAAAACGAGGAACUGUUUUUUGGUCUGAAGAGUGCAAUUACACACUUCUUGGAUGUAGAUCAACUACUUUCUUCUCUUGUUCAAGUCCCCAAGCAAGAGACGGUGGCAGUGGCUGAGGCAAAGAUAUUGCAAGUCAUUCAACUGAAGCAUACUCUAGAACUGAUUGCUCCACUGACGGAGGUGUUAAAGAACGCAAAAACAGCGUUGCUGAAAGCAUAUCACACUUCACUGGAAGAUGGCAGGUUCAAGAGCAUAUUGGAUGAGAUCAAAACAGUAAUCAAUGAUGACACCACCUCCCUGAAAGGCAGUCUGAACAUGCGCACUCAGAAGUGCUAUGCUGUGCGCCCUAAUGUCAAUGAAUUCCUAGACAUCGCACGGCGAGCCUACACUGAGGUAGUGGACGACAUUGCAGGAUUGGUAGAUCAGCUGGGAGAGAAGUAUGGCCUGCCCCUGCGCACCAUUUUUAGUACUGCUCGUGGCUUCUUUAUCCAGCUAAGCUUGGAGGGUGUGGUCUUGCCUGAAGGACAUCUUCCCGAAGAGUUCAUUAAAGUAACCAGACAGAAAAACAACUACAGCUUCACCACUUUAGACCUGAUGAAGAUGAAUUCUCGCUGUGAGGAGGCCCUGAAGGAGAUAUUUCACAUGUCUUAUAUGGUGAUUUGCCGCCUACUAAAUGGUGUUUACGAGCAGAUACACUGCUUGUAUAAGCUGUCUGAUGCUGUGUCCAUGCUGGAUAUGUUGCUCUCCCUGGCUAAUGCUUGCACACUCUCGGACUAUGUGCGCCCUGAGUUCACUGACACACUGGCGAUAAAGCAAGGCUGCCAUCCUACCCUGGAACGGAUUACUGGCAAGCAGCCCAUCUCUAACAACAGCUACAUAUCUGAAGGAAGCAACUUUGUUAUUGUCACAGGCCCCAACAUGAGCGGAAAGUCCACGUACCUUAGACAAGUUGCCCUUUGCCAAAUCAUGGCUCAGAUAGGGUCAUUUGUACCUGCUGAAUAUGCCUCCUUUCGUGUUGCUGAUCAGAUAUUCACCCGAAUUGGAGUAGAUGAUGAUUUUGAGACAAACUCAUCAACAUUUAUGGUUGAGAUGAAAGAGGUGUCAUACAUAACGCACACUGCAAGUGAACGGUCACUCAUCAUUAUUGAUGAGCUGGGCCGUGGCACUAGUGCUGAGGAGGGCAUUGGUAUCUGCCAUGCAGUCUGUGAAUUCCUAAUCAAUUUGAAGGCUUUCACUCUGUUUGCUACCCACUACUUGGAACUGUGUCAGUUGGAGACUCUGUAUCCUAAUGUGGAGAACCAGCACAUGCAGGUUCAGCACAUUCGCAGGGAAGACAACAGCACAGAGAGCGUGGUCUAUACCUAUCUGCUGACUCGGGGCUUUUCUGAGGAACGCAAUUAUGGGAUACGAGCAGCAGAGAUGACUUCCAUGCCACCAUCCAUCAUCCAGGAGGCAAAGUCUAUUGCAGCCAAAGUCAGCCAAAAGUUAUGGGGAAAGCAUCAUAGUGACCCAUCCACACAGCGACAGAGAGCAGACUAUCAUCUUGCCAUGAGAUGUGUGCAGACUGCCCGAAACUCCAGGCUGGAUUCUGACAGCCUGUGCCUUUACCUGAAGGGUCUGAAGAGACAGUAUGAGGCAGAGUUAAAAAGCAUCCUAGAGGGCCAUGAACAUGGAGUGAAUCCUGCCUGAUUUAUUAGAGAUACAGGACUGCAAAAUCCCUAGUAACAAGGAUUUUGCAAGAAGGAUGACCAAUACGGCAAACAGUAACUAAAGAAGUAACAAUUAAUUUAUUUAUUGUUAAUGUAUAUGUAAGUAUAGACUAAUGUUCUCUUGUGGUUUAAAGACAGAUAACAUUGGGUUUAUGGGUUUAUAUUACACAGUUAAGCAGUUAAUUUUUAUGUAUGUUUAUAGCACAGAGGGUCAGUUUUUAAACAUUGCCUUCAAUUAAAAAAACUUUAAACCGCUGUCAUUCUACAAGAUUCAUUUUUAAAGUUCUGGAAGCGUCAAUAAUUGUCAUUUUCAGUCUCAAGUAACCUGUAUAUUAUUAAGGUGUUUAGUCAUAUUUUAUAAACUAUGUCGUUCAGGAAUACUG